AUGCAAGAAUCGCCAGCUCAGUUAUUAAUGAGUCGCAUGCUAAAGUCGAAGUUCCCUACGACUACGGCCCUCCUUCAGCCCAAAGUUCAAGAAAAUGUUCGUGAAAAACUUGAGCAACGUGCCGAGAAGCAAAAAAGAGUACUUCGACAGAAAUGCAAAGCCAUUGCGACCUGUAAAGAUGUAUCAGUCUGCCCGAAUUCGAAGAGGAAAGGUGUGGGAAUCAGCAGUUAUAACAGGUAUGCAUAAAGCACCUAGAUCCUUCAUUGUAACCACACCACAAGGUGGAGUGUAUCGUCGUAAUCGCAGACAUUUAUUACCCACUAGUGAGCCUCCACCUAACAAUUUAGGACCAGACUACGAUGAAGAAAUUGUUAUGCCUGAGCCUAGACCAAAUAACGUUGUUGACCCACAACCUGUAAGGCGCACCAGCAACCGCGCAGUUAGAUUGCCUGAACGACUCAGGAAUGACUAUGUUAUGGAAUGA